AUGGAGAGCGCCUCAUUAGAAGCACCCUGGCAAGCCAUCGCCCGUCAGAAGCAAGCCAAUCGAGACGCACGCAUCCCAUCACAAUGGCGAAUCCCCCUCGCUCACAUGCCCAAGGAUCCUCCGUGCUUCGAGGACGGCCCUCAAUCUGUGCUACACGUCCCAGCGGCGGUACUGUCAGCGGAGGAGAUCGAAAUCACGGAGAACUACAAUAUCUCCACGUUGAUCCCCGCCAUAGCACGCAAAAAGCUCCUCGCUGAGACCGUGAUAAGCGCCUUUUGCCACCGUGCAGCCGUGGCGCAUCAGUUGACAAACUGUUUGACUGAACCCUUGUUUGAGCAAGCCGCAGAGCGGGCGCGAUUUCUGGAUCAGUACAUGGACGAGCAUGGGAUGCCUCUGGGCCCUUUGCACGGCUUGCCGGUUAGUGUCAAAGAUACUUUCGACAUCAAAGGAGUUGAUAGUUCCACAGGUUUGGCGUCUUUGUGUUUCAAGCCGGCAGAGAAGAACGCACCUCUGGUGGAUCUCCUGCUGUCGUUGGGGGCAGUCGUGGUGGCCAAGACCAACGUGCCGCAGACGCUUUCAAGUCUUGAUAGCGUCAAUAAUGUCUUUGGGAGGACUAUGAAUCCCGUCAACAGGCUGUGCACUGCUGGUGGGAGCUCGGGCGGCGAGGGUGUCAUGGUGGCCAUGAGAGGCUCCCUCCUCGGCAUCGGAACUGAUCUGGGUGGCAGCAUCAGGAUCCCAGCCAUGGUGAACGGGGUCUAUGGUUUCAAACCGAGUAAUUUAAGGUUGCCGUAUGGUGGACAAGCAGUUCUGGUGCCCGAGGGCAUGACCAGGAUAGGAGUGCAGCCCGUGGCAGGGCCACUGGCGCAGACUAUAGAGGACAUCAGCUUUGUCAUGAAAGAAUUGGUGCCACGGGCUAGCCUCUAUGGAGAAGACUGCGUGUUGGGAGAAUGGGCGGACGCGGACGCUUCUAAACCCCUCCAGGGCUCCGGGCCAGACGGACAAGUUGUCAUUGGUGUGCUACGAAACGAUGGCAACUGUGCCCUUUUGCCACCGGUGGAUCGGGUUCUUUCUGAGGUUGCGUCGCGCUUGAGUGAGCAUUCAAAUAUCGCGGUCGUUGAAGUGCCAACUCCAACAGCGUGGACGAAAGCACAAAGUGCCAUCAACGAGCUGAUCGCCAUCGAUGGGGGAGUCCUCAUGGGACAACUCUUGGAGUCAACUGGAGAGCCAUUGGUUCCUUGGGUGAAGCCAAGAUUCAAAGUCGGCGAGCCGUGCUCUCUCGCAAGAUUGGCCGAGCUACAGGCCCGGCGUUCCCAGCUCGAGCUCGAGAUGUUACAGAUAUGGACCAAUACAGAUCAAUAUGGGAGGAAGAGCAGGAAACUCGAUGCAGUUAUCUGCGCCGUGGCACCCCAUCCUGUGCCCGAGAUUGAACGGUUCGACUCCCUCGGUUACACCAGCUCUUUUGUCCUAUUUGAUUAUCCCGCCGGCACCAUUCCUGUCAGAAAUGUGGUCGAGGAGGAUCUUGACCUGGGAAAGGCACUUGGUGGCCAGUCGCUAGGUGUCUGGGACGAUCAUUGCCGAGAGCUGUGGGACGAGAAAACUGUAAACAGGAAGGUGUACCUGGGAACCCCCUUGAGCAUUCAAGUCGUUGUGCCACGACUUGAGGAUGAGAAGUUGGGGAAGUUCAUGGCUUUGAUCGACGGCGUCAUUAAAAGCCACGGACAAUCAAUUCCAAGCUGA